UCAGCAGAAUUGUACUGCGAGCAUUCAGAAGUUUAUCAAAUGUCUUGCUGUAAGCGUUUUUCUUUUAUUAAGUAGCUCUUAACCUGUAUCAGUUGCAGGCUCCAUAUCAGUUCCUUACCUUUGGAGACUGUACCAGUGUAACCCUGUUUGAAUGUUAGAUGACUGUAGAUAAUGUCGCGCCGGGAUACAUUUGUUUUCACCUCUGCAGCGUUGCGAAACCUGAGUUUGCAACAGGAAUUGUUGGACUUGGAGACCGAGCGACGGGCUCUGGCGAGGUGGUGCGCGGGCAGGAGGAGGCGCUUUUUCCCCGAAGCCAGGAAGAUCAUCAUCUCCCGACCACUUCCAGGUGCGGAGCCCAAAUACUGCAGGGACUCUGCCUUCCACAACGCCCUCUUCACGGGGGACCUGGAUAAAAUCAUAUGCUUCUUUAAUGACGAGGCCACAUCGAACAUGAUCAUAGAAACGCUCAACGAUGAACUUGUCUGGUCACCAGAAAUGGGGUUUUGGGCCUUGACCCCCAAGCUGAAGUACACGUCUGGGUUGCGCAUCACCUCUGGCAAGGGCUACACUGCCUGUGCCAAGCUGCUGCUGCACAAGGGGGCUGAUGUGAAUGCCAGCCCUGGGGGGCUCAGCGCCCUUCAUGAUGCCUGUGCCGGUGGCUUCACCGACUGCGCCCAGCUGCUCCUCAGCUACGGAGCCAAUCCAAACAUCCUCUCCAAAGAGGGGAGAGCUCCCAUGCACCUCUGCACCACCCCCAAGACCUACCAGUGCGCCAAACUACUCCUGGAGUUCGGAGCUAACGUCAACAUCCCGACCAGAGACAGUCAGGUGAGCCCUCUUCAUGUGGCAGCACAGCACGGCCUGGAGGAGCACCUCAACCUGUACCUGUGCAGAGGAGCCCACGUGUGCAGCCGCACCCGCGAGGGAGAGACAGCCCUCAACAUAGCCUGCGCCAGCGCCGAAAAACCCGCAGAGGACAGGCGAUACUACCGUGUGGUGCUGAAGCUGCUCUCCGGGGGGGCAGACGUGAGGGUGGCGGGCAAGAAGAACCACACCCCGCUGCACAACGCCUGCUCCAAUUGCAGCUACCGCAUCGUGGAUCUGCUGCUCCAGCACGGGGCUGCGGUCAACCAGAAAAACUGCGCCGGAUACACGCCAAUGGACUGCGUCUUACAGGGGGUGAAGGACUACUUGGAUUGGCGACCGGAGGGCAUUGUGCUGUGCUUGCUCAAUCACGGCGCAUCACCCGUCAAUCCCAAGAUGCUCAAACUGUGCUCACUAUCCCCCAGAACCAUGGAAGUGAUCCUGAACUCGUAUGAGCACAUCCCACUGUGUGACUCCUGGGCUGAGUCCGUGCCCCCUGAGCUGUGGCAGGAGCACCACAUUUUCUACAGCUCUGUGGUGCACAUGACCAACCAGCCUCGAUCACUGCAGCACCUGGCACGCUGUGCCAUACGCGGGUACCUUGACGGACACUGCCUCUCCACCAUCACCCAGCUGCAGAUCCCUCAUUCCCUCCAGGAGUAUCUGCUGCUCAGGAUCGAAGGCGCCAUCAAAUAAUGCACAGGGAUCUCCACUCAAUGCAGCAUAAAGAACCCUUGAGAUGUAGCUCUCGUUUGAAAGUUCUUGGAAAGACGAUGGUGGUAAUGAACUUGAGUACAUUCAUUAAAAACGGACAAGCAUUAAAUCUACAUGGCUGAAAGAACCAAGAUUUUUGCCAAUGCUCGCAGUUUGAUCAGAACUCACAUACGAUAUACGGAAAUCAGACAUUUAAUAUUGAGCCAAAAGGCAUAUGCAGUUAAGAAUGUCCCAUGAGUUUCCAGUUUGUGUAAGUUGCUGCCUUGAGUAAGAGCAGGCUGUGUCUCCUUCCCAGGCUCCCUGCACUUUAGUCAAUAGUUUUGUGUACUCUACCAAAACAGUUCCGGAAAAAAAGACAAGGAAGCAACCAUUACUAGCACGACUAAUAACAAAUUAACAAAAUAACACCACUAUACCCAGAGAUAUUUCCCAUUUAAGAUCUCACCAAAUCUACAAUUCUCCCUAUCUUUGCACCUUUUUUAGUAAUGUGGAAGAUUUUAUACAGGACACCGGAACUAGGGCACCAGGAUUAGGACACUGGGAUUACGACACUGGGAUUGGGAUUAGGACACUGGGAUUAGGACACCGGGAUUAGGACACUGGGAGUAAGACUGGGAUUAGGACACUGGGAUUAGGACACCGGGAUUAGGACACUGGGAGUAAGACACCAGGAUCUUUAUGUCUGCAAAAGGAACACAUUGCACUUUGGUUUAACACCUCAUUUGAAGGCCUUGAUAAGGCUAUGAAAUAACAGUCAUUUAAACUAGUGUAUUCUAUGUGAUUUUUGUAUAUCAUUUUCUUCUUCAGUCAUGACAUCUUGUGACAUUUUUAAAACUCAGUUUAAGCACCCUUGUGGCCUCAGUAGAGCUCUCAAACAUGCUUCCUCUCAAAGUACAGCUGGUACACAAGAGUAUAACCAUUAACCUGUUCCCCUGUUAGAAACACCAUGUUUAUUAUACUAGUAUAUCUUUAUAUAAACCCCAACAACAAAUACCCCUGAUUUUAACCACAAUUAAUUCUGUUCCAACAAUAAACCUAAUAUUUUCUGGCUUUUGGAAAACCCAAUUUUCUGCUGUCUUUAAUUUGGAAUAUUACUUUGACAGCACUUUAAUACCACAGUAGCAUUUUAUAAUGCUCUGUUUAACCUUUAACCGAUUAUAGUAUUAGUGCAUGAUCUUGUUAGUUCCGUUUCAUUGUUAUAUGUGAGUUUUGUUCCAUAUCACAGGAAAUUAAUUCUGCAAAGUGAAGAAUUAAUUGAAUUCCUAUCAACUAUUCAUGUGACAAGAGCUCACAAACGCAUUCUAAUAAAUAGAUCAAAACCAAUAGAACAUGCUCAGUCAUGUCAGUAUGCUUUUAACCAGUGAGGGAUUAGUGGCUGGAUAAUCUUUGCUCCACAUGGAUUAUAUUUAUGUGCUGCCAGUCUCUAUAAUAUGGGCUCUCUGAUCUACCUGCGUCUAUAUGCUACUCCAGCGGAGCACUCCUACAGUGGUCCUUUUAUACUGGCCUCAUUACAGAAACGCCAUCUUAUUCCUACUUUCUCAGUGACUAAGGUACAGCAUGCUGGUGUCUUCAUGAAACAUGCCAAAUAUCCAGGAGUGCAGAAACAGUCAUGAAGAAUUAGGGAUAAUAAAAAGACAAACUUC